GAGUGUUAAAAAGGGAGCGUGUCUAGCGAGACCCGUGGCCCGGAAGAAGGGAAGCGAGGCGACGCUAACCCCUGCCCACCACCCAGAGGACGAGGGAGGAGGGCCGAGGGCCGGGGCCGCUAGCAGCUGCUAGGCGCUUUUCGCUGACGCGGCCGCCACGCGCACACGCUCUGACGGGCCGCGGCCUCCACGUCUCAGGUUCCGCAAAGGACUGUGGGAGCGACCCGGGAGAAGGAGGGCCAGGAUGGCGGAAGCGGCGGAGUCUCCCGGAGACCCAGGGACAGCAACGCCCAGGCCCCUGUUUGCAGGCCUUUCAGAUAUAUCUAUCUCACAAGACAUCCCUGUGGAAGGAGAAAUCACCAUUCCCAUGAGAUCUCGCAUUCGGGAAUUUGACAGCUCCACAUUGAAUGAAUCUGUUCAGAAUACCAUUAUGCGUGAUCUAAAAGCUGUUGGGAAGAAAUUCAUGCAUGUUUUGUACCCAAGGAAAAGCAAUACUCUUUUGAGAGAUUGGGAUUUAUGGGGCCCUUUGAUCCUUUGUGUGACACUUGCAUUAAUGCUUCAGAGAGGCUCUGUAGAUAGCGAAAAAGAUGGAGGGCCCCAGUUUGCAGAAGUGUUUGUCAUUGUCUGGUUUGGUGCAGUUACCAUCACCCUCAACUCAAAACUUCUUGGAGGAAACAUAUCUUUUUUUCAGAGCCUCUGUGUGCUGGGUUACUGUAUACUUCCCCUGACGGUGGCAAUGCUGGUUUGCCGGCUGGUACUUUUGGCUGAGCCAGGACCAAUAAACUUCAUGGUCCGGCUUUUUGUGGUGAUCGUGAUGUUUGCCUGGUCUAUAGUAGCCUCUACAGCUUUCCUUGCUGAUAGCCAGCCUCCAAACCGCAAAGCCCUUGCUGUUUAUCCUGUUUUCUUGUUUUACUUUGUCAUCAGUUGGAUGAUUCUCACCUUCACUCCUCAGUAAAUCAGGAAAUGGAAAUUGAAAACCAGGGAAUUCAAAGCUCAUUUCAAAGAUGCAAUUCACCGUGGAGUUUUGCCUUUGGCCCUCUUUUGUCUAAUAUUGGAGGUAUUUGGUAACUGGGUAUAUGAGGAGAUUAAAAGGGAACCAUAAAGCACCGUCACCAUUUAUGUAAGGAACGGAUGUUUGAAAGGCCGUCCUUUCCUUCUUAAUGUUAUUUCUUUAAAAUAUGUGUGCAUAGUACACACAGUAUAAUGCCUCCUUAAGGCAUGAUGGGGUCACUGUGGUCCAUUUGGGUGACAACCAAUGACUCGGGAAGCACAUGGAUACAUCCUGCAAGUUGAAUAGAGUUGGCAACUAUAUUUUCAGUUUUGAGAAUACCAGUUCAGGUGCAGCUCUUAAACAUAUUGCCUUAUGACUAUUAGAAUAUGCCUCUCUUUUCAUAAAUAAUAAGGGAUAGUCUAUUUUACUUCUCUUAAGCUUAAAAAGACAAUGACAGUGGUUGGGAAAGGGGUACAUAGAUGUGGGAGGAGAAAACAUCUAAGCAAAAUUCAGAUUUUGAUUAGAGAAAAUUCUGCACUUGUUGCUUAAAAAAAAGCAAAGGACAUCUAAAACAGGCUUUUUUAGUCUUUCUGUAUAGUCACCUUUCUGCCAUACUUAAUAGCAGCUCAGUGAGACUCUUAAUUUUUUUUAACAUCUUUAUUGGAGUAUAAUUGCUUUACAAUGGUGUGUUAGUUUCUGCUUUAUGACAAAGUGAAUCAGUUAUACAUAUACAUAUGUUCCCAUAUCUCUUCCCUCUUGCGUCUCCCUCCCUCCCACCCUCCCUAUCCCACCCCUCUAGGUGGUCACAAAGCACCGAGCUGAUCUCCCUGUGCUAUGCGCCUGCUUCCCACUAGCUACCUAUUUUACAUUUGGUAGUGUAUAUAUGUCCAUGCCACUCUCACUUUGUCACAGCUUACCCUUCCCCCUCCCCAUAUCCUCAAGUCCAUUCUCUAGUAGAUCUGUGUCUUUAUUCCCAUCUUACCCCUAGUUUCUUCAUGACCUUUUUUUUUCUUGGAUUCCAUAUGUAUGUGUUAGCAUACAGUAUUUGUUUUUCUCUUUCUGACUUACUUCACUCUGUAUGACAGACUCUAGGUCCAUCCACCUCACUACAAAUAACUCAAUUUCGUUUCUUUUUAUGGCUGGACACUCUUAAUUUUUAAUCUUACUCCCCAGUUAUGCAUAUGCAAGCUAAGGUGUUAGCAGUCAACUUGUAAUCUUCCUUUGACUGAAGCUCUCAGUGGACCAAUGCUUGAACUUACCCAAGUAGAAGACCUCAGAAAUUUAGAGUGGUAGGUCCCUAAUGCAUAUUAUCAUGUGGGCACCUUCUCUUAAGGGUAGAAUGAGGCAGUUUGGAUACAGCAUAGCUGUAAGGAAUUUCUUGCUAUUCUGUGUAGUCUGGCCUCUAACUAAAAAGUAAAGCUAAAUCAAAGGCUGCAUUUAACCAUGUAAACAUGGAGGGAUUUAGUGUUCUAAUGGCUGAUUUCACAGAGCAACUAGAUGCUUAAGAGCAUGAGGUAGGAUGAGUUGAGUUUACAGCUGCCGCCUUUUCAUAGUGGGCUUAGCAGUUUUUUCAUUAGGUGUGUUUUUCGGGUUGGGGAUAGCAAUUUAUUUUCUUGGUUUUAGACUUUAUUUGUAAAGCCAAUUAGCUCUCCUUUAGAGAAGUACUUUUUUGCACAUGUGCACCUACUUGUAUUCUCAUCUAUUUAUGCACACAAGUAUGAAGGAUUUUCAGGGAGCAGAGUGUCUGGGACAGGCUGAUUCUGAGCUAAUCAGGGUUCUUUUAAGGUAAUAUGAACUGCUGCCUUCUAUAAGUUGCACAGUGAAAAACUCUUAAUAGACAAAGAUUAGGAGUCAGGCAGAAAACAUUCAUUGUAAAUAUAGUUACUUAUAAAGAUAGGAAUUUCUUAUUCCAUAUUUUUUCUUUAUCAUGGAGUUUAAAUAUUUAUUCCCUGGUAUUUAAAGAUGACCUACACAUAGAUAUAUAAUUUUUAAAAUAUACUUUCUCUAUCCCCAGAUUAACCAAAUGAACAAUACUAGGACAAAUGAGUACUUGGAAUGAUAUUCAGUUACAGAGCAUUACAAAAUUGGUCCCCUCUGUCCCAGCAUUAUCUAGAUAUUUUGGUUAUGUAUUUGUAUUUGUUUCAAUUUCCCUUUUAAAUUUCAAAAUAAACCCUGUUAGGACAAAGCCAGUGUUUCAGUCUUUUUUUUUUUUUUUUGCUUUAUAACAAAUUUAAUCAGUUAUACAUAUACAUAUGUUCCCAUAUCCCCUCCCUUUUGCGUCUCCCUCCCGCCCUCCCUAUCCCACCCCUCCAGGCGGUCACAAAGCAAGUGUUUCAGUCUUGAUAAAGAAAAUACUUUGAAACUGGUUUUGACUUUAAAAUUGGUCCUAAAUCAUCAUCCAUUUACAUUGUCUGAAAUUUUCUAACUUCCCACUAAAAACAUCUCUCUUCCAAAGUUGUUUUGUAAGCUAUCCCAAUGAUUAUAAUGUAAAAUUAAAGAAAUAAUCAUGCUUCUCAAAAGGGAAUUAAAUCUUCACUGAAUUUUACUCAGGCUAAAUAUUUGGUCAGAAAUUCCUAAGGCCACAACUUUGGUGGGGUUUAUGUGUGUGUGAGGGGGGUAUUAUACAUAUUGGGUGUUAAGGCAACUUGUUCUGUGUUUUAAUCUGUUGCUUUUGGGUUACUUAGGGAAUGGUUUUAUUUUAUUUAAAUGAAGGCGGGUAAAAUGGAGAUUUAAUUAUCUUUCUGAAAAUGAGUGGUCAAUUUGAGGGUAUAAAUAAAUAUUUUCUUAAUAUAUGCAAAAAAGUACAUUGCUUUCUGUCACAGAAAACCUGAGUAUCUGGAAGUUGUAACCCUCUACACAGCUUUCCCUGAUUUGCUGCAGAGGCACGUGGCUAAUUAUAGAAAGGAAGACUAGAAGGGAAGGGGACUCCAACAAAGGAAACCCUGUUCCGGGAAUUGGAAGGUUUCACGCUUUAGAUGAAAUUCAAGCAUGUGAUGUGCAUUACUGCCAUCGUGGCUUAUCACUUGCUGCUCCUGCUUCUGAGAUUGAGACUCCGUUGUCAUAUUCUUUAGCAAUAGGAAAGGUGAAGACUGGAUUUAAUUGUUCAGAUUAUAAAUACUCAAUUGAUGUGGACAUCUUUUUGCAGUGUAGUCUUAAAAGUCAGUCAUUUAUCGUCAAGUCUUUUGCCUCUUAAGUGGUUUAUUACAUGAGUUGAGUUGUAUCUUUUCAUUGUGGGGAUUUUCUUUUGGGCAAGGUGAGGGGGGGUCACAGGGCAUGGGGGUAGUAAGCAUUUUACUGUUUACUGUAUUUGUCUUUUUAUAAAGUGUCCCCUAAAAUGUGAUUAGAAGGCUAACAAAGCCUAUAUUUGAAGGUUUAAUUGUGUACGUUAUAUAAUCUAAGUACUUACUGUAUUUGAACUUCCUGUUUAUUCCUGGAGAUGAAAAUGAAAAUCUCCCAUCAUUUCCAAUUCUUGUAUAACAUCAAGUCAUUGGAAUUUAUCUAAAGCCUAUCAUGAUAUGAUCAGACAUCCAUUGCAUGCAGUUGUUUUAUUCCAGAGUAAAAUACUGAAAUUGUGCUUCUUAAUUGAACUGUUCAUUUCUGAGACAAUUUGGAUAGAAAUAAAUGUGUGAAUGUUAAUGCAUAUAUGUAAAUUAGAAAUACUUUUUUAGAUUCUGUGGGCUUUUAUUAAAAAUAAAGAAUUUCUAGGGAUUUACUUAGGUCAUAAGAUGGCUAAAUAAUAAUGUGACAAUAAUAUUACUACAAAUAAUAGCUAACACUUAUUGGGCACUUACUGUGUGCCAGACACUACUCUAUUUUUUUAAGAAUUUUUUGUAACAGCUUUAUUGGGAUACACUUUACCAUAAAAUUCACCCUUUUAAAGUAAUAUACAAUUCAGUGAUUUUUCCGUAUAUUCACAUAAUUGUGCAACUAUCACCACUGUCUCAUUUUAGAACAUUCCCAUCGCUCCACAAAGAAACCCCAAAGCCAUUAGCAGUCAUCCCCCUUUUCCCUUUUCCCCAGCCCCUGGCAACCAUCAGUCUGCUUUCUGUCUCUAUGGAUUUGGCCAGACACUAUUCUUAAGUGCUUUUCAUGCAUCUCCUCCAAUCUUCAACAUAAAGUGGUACAAUCCUCAUUUUACUGGUAGAAAAUUGAGGCACAGGAAGGUUAAGUAAAUUGUCCAAGGUUACCCAGUGAAUUGAUUUAAAAUAGGAAAACACAUUAGCUGAGAUCAUAGUAGGACACAGUUUUGAAUUGCAUUGUUAUAUGCAUGAAAUGAAUACACCUCCUCCCCAGGGUAUGUUCCCUGUUACUAGCCAUUACAACGUACAGCUCACUGGAGGUCAAUAACUCGUUUUUUUCUGAGUACUAGAAUACUAUAUUAGUAGCAUCUGAGAAAGACACAGAGCGGUUAUACAUUGGGAAGAGUUAGGUUUGCUGCCCUCACUCCUCCUUGAGCCCCUUUUCUUUCCCCUCCUCCCACUACCAGACACAUACACCCCUCCCCUUUUUCUCAAAGUCUUAAGAAUCAAGCAGCUUCUGCCUCUUUCGUUUUAAUUCUCCCAGAGGGAUGGUUAACACAUCAAAAUUUAACACGCCUAUUCAGGUGUUUAUAGUCAAGGGAUGCCUCUGGUCACAUGCAGUACCAGCUAUAUUCCUAAGACCUCAGAGAGCAGUAGUGUGAAAAUAGAAUGCCUUUCUAUUUGGGUUAAACUAGGUGGGGUGAAGAAAUAACACAGUAGCUAAAGGCUUUGCCUUAAUGAAGUCAGUGUUCCAGCCUGGUAGGAAGUGGCUACACGCUGCUCUUGUUCACUCUGUUCUCUUUUAGAGCCUUUGUAUUCUGCACCAUCUCUGCUGGUAAUUUCUUGGUCCUCUUCGAUGCUCUGUUUUAAUCCUGAUCUUUCCUAUAAAUAAAGAACCUGUGAAGAGAAUAAAUCUGUAAAAUGAUUUGUGAAUAUUAAAUGUGCAAAUAAAAAACACUGGAAAAGGAGAA